AUGCAGAUCGCAGCUUUCCUCCUCACCCUUGCGGCCGCCGCCACCGUGACCGCCGCAGCUGUCCCCGGGCUGGAUGCCCGCGACGUCUGCGGUACCGGCUACGGCGGCGACCAGCGCCGUACGAACAGCCCUUGCGAGGCUUCGAACGGGGCCAGCCUCUUUUGCGGCUGUGACGGGACCGAUGUGGUCCAGUGCACCGGCGGAUUCUGGCGGGAGAUCCAAGACUGCGGCGCGGCCUCGUGCUCCGGCGGCCUUUACGGCGGCGCCGCAUGCAGCUAG